AACGCGCUCCCGGGCCGGAACCGACGACUACGGAGAGGUGGAGACCAAGGAGAGAAAGCCAAUCGCACGGCUACGCGGGGGAAGGCCUGGCAGGAGAGCCGCGUGUCGUCAGGCGAAGAAACUUGUUGCUGCUCAUAAGGAUCUAAAGACAGAAGUUAGAGAAUUUUUAUUAUAGCUGGUUCAAUGAACUCGCUUGUUGCUUAUGAUGACUCGGACUCUGAGACAGAGGAUGGAAAGUCUGAAGAUGUUACUAGCAGCGAAAAGAAUCUAACAUAUUCCGCUGUGGGUGCUGUUCAGCCUUAUGGUGGAUCAGAAUUAGUUUCUGAUAGCAAAAUCCAACCUGUGGAAUGCAUGGGUAAUUUCAGAAGAAAUGUGUUUCAUGAAGUUCUCCCUCUUCAGCACUCUAAGGCUUAUAAAAAGUCAAUGGUAACACAUCCCAAAGAGUUAUACCCUGUUACUUUGAAAAUAGCAAGCAGUCAUCCUAACCAGUUAUUGAGCCCUGUGCCGAAACCUAAAAUAACUUCUGAAAAAGAGGGUAGCUCACAGAAGAGAGCUUGUGGUGGCACCGAUGUUACCAUACAAGGACUAAGACCAUAUGUUCCUAAGAGACUGCGACAGGAAAAUAAGUCAGUUCAUGAAGCAAAGGCCUGUGAAGGGAGCACAAGUUGUACAACCAAGCUUGGUACAGCAGAUGAUCAAAUAGCCAUUAAACAUUCCCAGUAUAUUAUGCCAUACAUAGGAUCCAAGUAUGGAGUUACUGAAAUUCCUAGGAACUUGGUGUUUCAAAUGUCUGAUCACAGCGGUCCAGUCAAUGUCGUCCGAUGGUGCCCAGUGGAGAGCUGGAGCCACAUGCUGCUCUCUGCAUCUAUGGAUAGCACUGUCAAGCUUUGGGAUGCUGUUGAUCGGGGCUGUUGUUUAAAGACAUAUUCUUGCCACUCAUGUGCUGUUCGAGCUUUCCAGUGGUCCCCAUGUGGAAGAACUGUUCUCACUGGAGGCUUCGAUUACAUGCUUCAUUUAACAGACAUUGAAACAGGAGCACAGAUUUUUAGCAGUAAGAGCGAAUUUCGGAUAAGUGCCCUGAAGUUUUACCCUCUGGAUCCCAAUGUUUUUGUUUGUGGAGGAUUCAGUCCAGAAGUUAAAGCCUGGGAUAUAAGGUCUUCCAAGGUAAUAAAAGUCUACAAAGCUGCCAUACAGCAAACUUUGGAUAUCAUGUUCCUCCCUGAAGGACAAGAAUUCCUUAGCAGCACCGAUGCAGUAAGCCAAGAUUCAGCUGACCGUACCAUCAUUGCAUGGGACUUCCACACAGCUGCAAAGAUCUCCAAUCAGAUUUUUCAUGAGCGUUAUACGUGUCCCAUUCUUGCACCUCAUCCUAAGGAGUCUGUCUUCGUCGCCCAGACCAAUGGCAACUACAUGGCCUUGUUCUCUAGCCUGAGACCGUACAGAAUCAACAAAAGGAAGAGAUACGAAGGGCACAAGGUUGAAGGAUUUGCAGUUGGCUGUGAAUUUUCCCCUGAUGGAAUGCUUCUUGUUACCGGGAGUUCGGAUGGAAAAGUCUUUUUCUAUAACUAUCGUACCGCUCGCAUCAUUCACACCUUGUCUGCGCAUAGUCAGGCCUGUGUGAGCGCAACAUUUCAUCCAGUCCUUCCAUCAGUCCUUGCUACCUGUGACUGGGAUGGAGUAAUCAAGAUCUGGCAGUAACAACAUUUUUGAAGAACGUUAUUCCUACAUAGGGUGUGGUCAGCCCACUCUCUUUCUAACUUCGUGUCUGUAUUUUUUUCCUUUUGUGUUUGACGUUUUAACGUCCUGUGCUCUGAGGUUCAGUUUCAAGCAAACUCUGAGAGUAUAUAUGUGUAAGGAGAGAGAGCAUGACUUCCUGGUCUCAGCAAACAGGUGCCUAACUCACCUGGAUUCCCCCCCCCCCCCACAUUGUUCUCUACUGGAUUCGUGACUGUUCUCCACUGGGGCUUGCUGAUGCUCAAAGAUCUGUGUCUUCCUUAUACACGUCCCCAAAAUAUGUAUCUUACUCCAUUUCUCUCAUAGGAAAUUAGGGAAAGAUGGCCUAGGUUCUCACACUGUCAGUGAAUUAGCUUGCAAACCCAAGUCUGUACAGUCAAGUUGCUCUGAUUAAUUCUCAGAUCAUCCAACUAGACAAAAUCAAAUGACUAGGACAGUUUACUAAUCAGCAGAACUUGCCUCAUUCACAAAUGUGAACGUGUUUUCCCAGAAAAACUCACACUUUUCUUCAUUGGCAUUCUCAUAAGAAACAUGCAUAUUUUUUCCAACAAAAUGAACAUCAGAACAUGGACAUUUUAAACAAAUGUAUGCAUUUCUGUGCUUUAGUCAAUUGGGGGAAAGCACUUUGAGAAAUGUACCGGGUAGUGCAUCCUUUCCCUUUAGAAAUGUGUACUUUUCUAUGCAGAUGAAGAGAACAGGCCACAAACAAGAUGGAAGUGAGACAAACUGAGUUUUGAAGUGGAGUUCAGAGAAUCCAGGCAAGUCCAAGCAUCCCUGAUUUCCUAUCCCUUGAUAUGGCUUUGGUGCCAAGGAAUGUGGAAGACCUACUUCUAGAAGUAAUUACUGAGACUCAGAUUAAUUGAUAAGGGACUUCUGCCACUGCAAGAGGACAUCCUCAUCUUGUCUUCUCCCCUGUGUCUCCUUCCCUUCCGUAUCCCUGAGAUCUGUUGCAGAGUCUCACCCAGCACCCUGGAGCAGUUUUGGAGGUGUAGAGGGCUCUGCAGGGGCAGGUGGAGACAAGCUGUUCCACUAGCACAGGGGUGUAAAGAGCUUAGAUCUGUGUAAGAAUUUAUUUUUGUUUGACUUUGUACAUUUGCAACAUUAUAAUAAUUUUUUGUUUAGCACAACAA